GUAAAGCACUACAUCCCACUUGAACUCUUCAUUCAGGAAGCCCAAGAUUGAAGACAAAAGAUCAGAAACAUUGACUAACCUGGAAACAGGGACAUCUUUCGAACUUUAUCUACAGUAAUCUUUUAAACUGUCAUCAGGUGAAACUGACUUCAUCUUAUUCUGCUUAUUGGAAAGGACAUGGCCUCAAGGAUUUUAAAUUUCCUUUUAGUUUUUCAUGAACUCUAUGGGAAAAGAAGUCCUUAUUAAAGGGCUUGGGAAUAACAAGAAGAAAUUGAAACUGGACAGUACUGUGGCCUCUUUUUUCUCCCACUUCAAAGAAAAGGUUUUACAACUCAACCCCGUAACAGCCGUUGUCCAACUUUGGCCAUCAAGAGAGAAAUAAAUAAAAUUAAGUCUCCAUUGCCAGACUACUAGCCCUGGUGAAGUCAAGUGUGAGAGUGGUGGCCUUGAGAAGACUGCCAGAAACGGACAAGGACUGCAGCUAAAGAAAAAAAAAAAAUCAGCUUCUAUUUAGAGCUGGAAGGGACCCCAAGUUCCGCCUUGGAUUAAGAUAGCAACCCAGGGCACACCUGUUGGGUGUUGCUCAUAGUUUGUGGAAGUGCAGCGUUGUGGCGGGCUCUUGUCUCUCCUCCGCAGGGUUGAAGCUUCCGGUUCUCCCUGAUAGUCUUCCCUCCCGCUGAAGACCUGCCUUCAUCCAUGAGCUAUACUUUGAUCUGCCUGACUCCAUGUUUUCCACCUGUGACUGUUUGUCUUCACGUUUCAAGUUGUACAAGUUGUGUUCCUUAAUCUUCUUUUCUGCUUUGUCCUGGGGAAGUGGUUAUUAGUCAGCUGAGAUCACCUUUCCCCCUCCCAUGUGCUCCCCUUCAUUUGAGAUCUUUUGACCUUCAUUUUUAUUUGGGAGGGGGAAGGGUGAUAAUUUUGUAUUUUCUGUUUCCCCAAUUUCUUUCCUCUCUGUUUCCCUCAUCCCAUUUUCUUGUCUGUUCUGCCGCUGUGUGGGCCUGGGCUAUGCGGCAGGGCACAUCUUUCAUUAGAGCUCCAACAUGCCCGCAGAGUCUGGAAAGAGGUUCAAACCCAGCAAGUAUGUACCGGUCUCAGCAGCCGCCAUAUUUCUAGUGGGAGCUACAACACUCUUCUUUGCAUUUACGUGUCCAGGACUAAGCCUGUAUGUGUCACCUGCAGUGCCCAUCUACAAUGCAAUUAUGUUUCUCUUUGUGCUGGCCAACUUCAGCAUGGCCACCUUUAUGGAUCCAGGAAUUUUUCCCCGAGCCGAAGAGGAUGAAGACAAAGAGGAUGAUUUCCGAGCUCCCCUAUAUAAAACAGUGGAGAUCAAGGGCAUCCAAGUGCGAAUGAAAUGGUGUGCCACCUGCCGCUUCUACCGUCCUCCUAGAUGUUCACACUGCAGUGUCUGUGACAACUGUGUGGAGGAAUUUGAUCAUCAUUGCCCUUGGGUGAACAACUGUAUUGGUCGCAGGAACUACAGAUACUUCUUCCUUUUCCUCCUUUCCCUGACAGCCCACAUUAUGGGUGUGUUUGGCUUUGGCCUCCUUUAUGUCCUCUAUCACAUAGAGGAGCUCUCAGGGGUCCGCACUGCUGUCACGAUGGCAGUGAUGUGCGUGGCUGGCUUGUUUUUCAUCCCUGUAGCUGGCCUCACGGGAUUUCACGUGGUGCUGGUGGCUAGGGGACGCACAACCAAUGAACAGGUUACAGGUAAAUUCCGGGGAGGUGUGAAUCCAUUCACCAAUGGCUGCUGUGACAACGUUAGCCGCGUCCUCUGCAGUUCUCCAGCACCCAGGUAUUUGGGGAGACCAAAGAAAGAGAAGACAAUUGUAAUCAGACCUCCUUUCCUCCGACCGGAAGUGUCCGAUGGGCAGAUAACUGUGAAGAUCAUGGAUAAUGGCAUCCAAGGGGAACUGAGGAGGGCUAAGUCUAAGGGAAGCCUGGAGAUAACAGAGAGCCAGUCUGCUGAUGCCGAGCCUCCACCUCCUCCUAAGCCGGACCUGAGCCGGUACACAGGGCUGCGUACACACCUCAGCCUGGGUCCUGAUGAGGAUAGCAGUCUCUUGGGCAAGGACAGCCCCCCUACACCUACCAUGUACAAGUAUCGACCAGGUUACAGCAGCAGCAGCACGUCAGCCGCCAUGCCUCAUUCUUCCAGCGCCAAGUUGAGUCGUGGAGACAGCUUGAAGGAGCCAACUUCAAUUGCAGAUAGCAGCCGCCAUCCCAGCUACCGCUCAGAACCCAGCUUGGAGCCAGAGAGCUUCCGGUCUCCCACUUUUGGCAAAAGCUUUCAUUUUGAUCCAUUGUCCAGUGGCUCACGAUCUUCCAGCCUCAAGUCAGCCCAGGGCACAGGCUUUGAGCUGGGCCAGUUGCAGUCCAUUCGAUCAGAGGGCACCACCUCCACCUCCUAUAAGAGCCUGGCCAAUCAGACACGCAAUGGAAGUCUAUCUUACGACAGCCUUCUCACUCCUUCAGACAGCCCUGAUUUUGAGUCAGUACAGGCAGGGCCUGAGCCAGACCCACCUUUAGGCUACACCUCUCCCUUCCUGUCAGCCCGGCUGGCCCAGCAACGGGAAGCCGAGAGGCACCCACGUUUGGUGCCAACCGGCCCAGCACACCGAGAGCCCUCACCAGUCCGUUAUGACAAUCUGUCUCGCCACAUUGUGGCUUCCCUCCAGGAACGAGAGAAGCUGCUAAGACAGUCACCUCCACUUGCAGGACGUGAGGAAGAGCCAGGCUUGGGUGACUCAGGCAUUCAGUCAACACCAGGCUCAGGCCAUGCCCCUCGUACUAGUUCCUCCUCAGAUGAUUCAAAGAGAUCUCCCUUGAGCAAGACUCCACUGGGACGCCCAGCUGUACCCCGUUUCGGCAAACCAGAUGGGCUAAGGAGCCGGGGAGUAGGGUCCCCUGAACCAGGCCCGACUGCCCCCUACCUGGGCCGAUCAAUGUCUCAUAGCAGCCAAAAAGCCCCAUCUGGUGUCUCUGAGACAGAGGAAGUAGCAUUGCAGCCAUUACUGACACCCAAAGAUGAAGUGCAGCUCAAGACCACCUACAGCAGAUCCAAUGGACAGCCCAAGAGUAUAGGCUCUGCUUCCCCUGGCCCAGGGCAGCCACCUCUCAGUAGCCCCACAAGGGGAGGAGUCAAGAAGGUGUCAGGAGUGGGUGGUACCACUUACGAGAUUUCUGUGUGAAUCUUGGCACCUCCCCUCCCCCACAUGUCUGUACCUACACCAAAGGGCCUCAGGUGGCCAUCUUCCUUCCCUCAAGGCACUCCCCUACUUUGCAUGGACAUUUUAAAACCACCGAUUCCAACAGGAUGAGGCUUGUUUUAUUAAAAUGCCAUGGGGUUGAGGAGACUUGGGGCCCUUAGAUUGGGGUUGGCCACCCCUUCCCCCCCUUGAUCUUCCCUUCCUUGAUCCCUGGACCAGACUCAGUGGACAUUUGUGCAAUUGCUCACCCUGGAGGGAACCAGAUCAUUUUUAAACCAGAAAUAAUUUUUUUUAUUAUUGUUACGGAUUCUAUUUUUUUCUCUUCUCCGUUACCAGGUGUGUGUGUACAUAUAUAUAUAUAUAUAUAUAUUAUAAAUAUCAAAGAAAUUAUAUAUCUAUCCUGGGAUGGGAGAACAAGGGAGGGAUAUAUAGAUAAAUAUAUAUAUA